AUGAAAAUUAAUCCACCAUUAAUUUUUCUUGAUAUUUCAUUUAUUUCAAAAUAUUUUAGUCAAAUUCAAACAUUUCGAGGAAACCUAGUAGAAUAUCAAACAGAAAUUAAUGAAAUAUUUUUCAAACAAAUUUAUUGGUUUGAAAUAAAUGUUUUAACAACUAUUAAUUUAAUUAAUAGUCAAUAUUAUGACAAAAUAAUUGAAAUAAGAAUAGAAGUAAAUGAUAUUAUUCGUUUACAUUUAUUAAAAAAUGUUCAAAGAAUUAUAAUAUAUCAUUUUCAUGGUAAAUUACUUUCAUUUAGUUCAAUUAAUAAAAAAAACAAAAUAAAAAAAAUUGUUAUUUAUCAUAAAGAAAAACUAAAUGAAUAUGAAAUUAAUUCAUUACUUCAUUUUUGUCAAAGAUUUAAUACGAUUAGUAUUACCCUUAUUAGUUCUUCUUUUACUGAACAAUUAUUUUAUAUUUCCAAUUUAAAAUUAUUUAAUUAUGAUCUGUUUAAUGAUGAAAAUGAAACAAAUAUUCCAAAUUAUUUAGAAAGUUAUUCUAAUUCUUUUGAAGAAAAUCAAAUUAAUAAUAUUGAAAAACAAUUUGAUAUAUUUAAUGAUAAUUCAUUAUGGGAAUUAUGUAGUAUAAAAAUGAUUCAAUUAAUACUUAUUAUUAAUCAAAAUACAAUUACCUUUCUUGACUUAACUUGUUUUGAAGUAUUAACUAAUUUUCAAUUAACUAUUUCUUCUGGAAAACAUUUAAAAUUAACUCUUCCUAAUUCAUUACAAUCAUGUUCUUUAAAUGGAAAUACUCUUUGGGUUAAUAAUUUAAAAGAAUUAUCUCAUUUAAAUUCUUUUUAUGUUAAUUCAAAUUAUGGACCUUUUAUUAAACAACAAACUAAAAUAAAGCAAAAGAAAAUAUGUCUUCCUUCUUCUGUUGAAUCAUGUUUUAUAAAAACAAUGAAUUAUAAUGCCAGACUUGGUUCAUUAUUAGACUUAAAUCUUCUUAAACAACUUAAUAUUUCUGGCGUUGUUAGUUCAAUGGAUUGUUCUAACAAUAAUUCAUUAACAAGUUUAUUAAUUAAUUCAUCUUCACCAAUUAUAACUAUUACAUUUAACUCUCAUUUAAAUUAUAUUAAUAUUACCAAUAAAAAAGGUAAAAUAAUAUUUAAAAAUUUUGAUGUUAUAAAAACAAUAGAAUAUCUCUCAAUUGAUGGUGAUUUUGAUAAAUUAGAUCUUAGUAAUAUUAUCUCUAUUAAAGAUUUAUCUUUACAUUCUUCUUCAAAGAAAACAACUGUUUUAUUCCCUCAUUAUGAUCAAACACAAUUACAACAUUAUUUUACUUCAGUAGGUAUUAAACCAAAACCUAAAUCAAUUAUACUUUGUUGUAAUUCUUUAGUACUCAGAGGCAAUUUUUUGGUAUCAAAAUUAUUUUUAGUAUUAAGUCAUAUUACUAUUCCUACUAUUGAAUGUCCAUUAUUAAAUAGAAUUAUUCUUCAUUACCAAAAUGUGGAGUGUAUUGGAUUUGAUUUAUUAACACAAAAAUUAAAAAUACUUUCUCCAUUAAAUAAAUGUUGUAGUUGUGUUUCUAUUCUUUCUAACAUCACUCAACUCAAUCAAAAAAAAAUCACUUUACUUUACAAAACGAAAGUAUUUCUUUUAUGUUCUCCUAAAAUGAAUAAAAAUCCUCCUCGUUCUAAAUCACGAACAACUAAUCAAAAAAGAUUAUUUGGAUCAAAAUCACCAAACAAAGGACUUUAUUUAUUAUCUGAUGAUACUCCCUCAAGCUCAAGUGAUUUAGAUGAUGAUAUUAAACAAUACAUAUAUCACUCUGAUGUGUAG